GUGACAGCGCCUGCUCACUAAGUACUAGCUGCUGCUGUCAUGGCGCUGUCCAGGGUGUCCGUGUUAGGAUUGCGGGCCGGGUGUAGAGGCUCUCUAUUUCGACGCCCGUCCCUGCUCCCCCAUCAUACAUCAAGACAUGCCGGGGGGCCUGCUGGUGUGCCAAGUGCAGGGAAGGAUUCUGCAUUGUAUGCUUUGCUUGUUGGAGCCACCACCCUUGGGGCUGGACUCUAUGUGUUCAGAACUAUCCGUGGAGACAGAGAGCGAUACAAUGAUAGAAUUUCAUCCCUGUCUACCAUCAUACAGCCAGACAUUGAGGGGCAAAAUGAAUUGGUGGAAAAAGUGUCACAGGCAGAAGAAAGAGAAGCAGGAAGUAAAGGAGAGACCGGAGGCCUUGCAGAAGUGGAAACACUAUCUUUACCUGUCUUUCCAUCUCAUGUUCCUUUUCUUCUAAUUGGUGGAGGAACUGCUUCGUUUGCUGCUGCUCGCUCUAUCCGAGCUAAAGAUCCUGGAGCCAGGGUCCUCAUUGUGUCAGAUGAAACUGACCCUCCAUACAUGCGACCACCUCUUUCAAAGGAACUCUGGUUCUCUGAUGAUCCAAACGUGAGCCAGACUCUUCGCUUCAAGCAGUGGAAUGGGAAAGAGAGAAGUAUCUUUUUCCAGCCUCCAUCCUUCUAUGUGGCCCCCCAUGAGCUGAUGUCUGCUGAAAAUGGUGGGGUGUCAGUUCUUACUGGGCGAAAGGUCGUACAAUUAGAUGUGCGUGAAAACAAGGCGAAGCUGGACGAUGGGACUUUUAUCACCUAUGACAAAUGUUUGAUCGCCACAGGUGGGACUCCUCGGAACCUUGCUGCCAUAGAGCGAGCUGGGGAGGAAGUGAUUAAAAGGACAACCCUGUUUAGACGGGUGUCUGAUUUCCGUUCCCUGGAUCAGCUUUCUUCCUCUGUAGGAUCCAUCACAAUUAUAGGUGGUGGAUUCUUGGGCAGUGAACUGGCCUGUGCGCUGGGAAGGAGAGGUCGGCAGACUGGGCUUGAAGUAAUUCAAAUGUUUCCUGAGAGUGGAAAUAUGGGCAAGGUUCUUCCUGAGUACUUAAGCCACUGGACUACGGAAAAGGUGAGGAGAGAGGGUGUUAAUGUCCUGUCUGAUGCUGUAGUGAAGUCAGUUGGUUAUCAAGAUGGCAAACUUCAUAUUCAGCUAAAGGAUGGACGGAAGGUGCAGACAGAUCACAUUGUAGCAGCUGUUGGUCUGGAGCCCAACACAGAACUAGCUAAAUCAGCUGGACUGGAGCUUGAUGGAGACUUUGGGGGUUAUAGGGUCAAUGCAGAGCUUCAAGCACGCAACAAUGUGUGGGUGGCUGGAGAUGCAGCAUGUUUCUAUGACAUUAGGCUUGGAAGGAGGAGAGUGGAGCACCAUGAUCACGCUGUUGUAAGCGGUAGACUUGCAGGAGAAAACAUGGCAGGAGCAGCAAAACCUUACUGGCAUCAGUCCAUGUUUUGGAGUGAUCUGGGACCUGAGGUUGGUUAUGAAGCUAUUGGCAUAGUGGACAGUUCCCUUCCAACUGUUGGAGUAUUUGCUAAAGCAACAGAGAAGGACACACCCAAGAGAGCAGCUGAGGAGAGCGGUACUGGAAUUCGCUCUGAAAGUGAUGUUCAGGAAGUGACCCAACAAGAACCACUACCUCUUAGCCCAUCGCCCUCCACUCCAGCUCCUGCUCAGCAGGGAGAGAAUUAUGGAAAAGGAGUUGUGUUCUACCUGCGGGAUAAUGUGGUAGUAGGAAUUGUACUGUGGAAUGUGUUUAACCGCAUGCCAAUUGCUCGCAAGAUAAUUAAAGAUGGUGAAGAACAUGCUGACCUCAAUGAAGUGGCAAAACUCUUCAAUAUUCAUGAGGAAUAAACCACCAAAACUGGAGUGAUCACCAGGCCACAAAAUCAGUAACCUGAAUAGAAAUCUGAAGCCCAUGAAAACUGCUUCACACAAUCAGGAUUUUUCUAGUAGUGGUACAAUGUAAAAAGGAGCACUUUUCCCCCAGAACCACUAAAGCCUUUUCAGACCACAACAGAAUUUAGCUUGGGACUUUAAUCAGAUACUGUGACUUGAGCCCCUGUUAUCAGCAUCCGUCCACACUCCCAAAUAUUUGCAUCUACCCAGAAAUUGUCCCUUAACAUGAACUAAUGUAUUGGGGUUGAAGCCCCAUGUCUUGUGGGGCUUCACACUACAUAAUAUGUAUCCACCUGAAUAAUGUGGCCCCAUUGAGGAAUGUUCCAAAAAUCAACACUUGCUCUUUCUGUGUCCAUAACAAGCUCAAGUAUGAGUAUUCUGGCAUAUUUGCUCCUCUGAAAUCAGAGAAUAUGUCUCUGUAAUUGAGUAAAGACUGAUAGAGAAGCAGAUGAGUCUGAGGGUACUGUAUAUGGGGAAAUGUCUGUAUAUUUCUACAUCCAAAAUAAAAAAAAAAUCUUUGA